AUGUUCCUGUUUCCAUCUUUCUUUCUCCUGGGUGUGGUAACAGCAUCUUAUGCAGAGUCUGUAACUGAAGGUGUUCAAAGCUCCUGCCCUGUGAUUGCCUGUAGUUCUCCGUGCCUGAACGGCUUCCCAGGCAAAGAUGGACGGGAUGGUGCCAAGGGAGAGAAGGGAGAACCAGGUCAAGGGCUCAGAGGCUUGCAGGGCCCUCCUGGAAAGGUAGGACCAGCAGGAUCCCCAGGGACUCCUGGGCCAAAGGGAGCAGUGGGGCCAAAAGGAGACCGUGGAGAGAGUGUAGAAUAUGAUACUACAACAAUCGAUGCAGAAAUCGCAGCUCUACAAGCAGAGCUGAGAGGCAUUAAGAGGUGGGUGCUCUUCUCUACGGGUGAACAAGUUGGAAAGAAGUACUUUGUGAACACUGGUAGAAAAACGAACUUUAAUGGAGUGAAGGCUCUGUGCUCCCAAUUCCAGGCCUCUGUGGCCACUCCCAGGAACGCUGAGGAAAAUGCCGCCAUGCAGAAGGUGGCUAAAGAGAUUGCCUACAUGGGCUUGACAGACGAGAGGACUGAAAACCAGUUCUUGGACUUGAGAGGAAACAGACUGCGGUACACUAACUGGAAUGAUGGUGAACCCAACAACACAGGUGAUGAUGAGGACUGUGCGGUGCUCUUGGUAAAUAGCAAAUGGAAUGAUGUCCGCUGCUCUGACUCCUUUUUGGCAGUCUGUGAGUUCUCGGACUGA